AUGCAUGUUCUCAGCACGUUGCGAGCGUCUAUCCAUGACGCGAAAACGGUUUCGAAGUCUGAUUCUGGUUCGGACAAGAAUCAACUUUCCUUGGCGAUCAGAGACGCGCGCAUACCAUUCACCAGCACACCGUCGCUAGUUGAUGAUGUGUGUAGCUUGCUCGCCUCCCGCACCAAGUUAUGCCAUGUCUGCCAGUCAUUCUCAUCGCAGCUCUCAUCAUGGAUAAGAAAGCCAACGUUUGAUGAAUUACUACAGUGGCCGGAGCGAAAUUUCGCAAAAGAUCGCCUGGCUGCUCUCUCGGAUGGCUAUCGUCUCCUCCCUCCAGAACGUGUUGACCCAACCACACCUCGACCAAGCAAUGCCUUUAAGCAUCAUCGGCCUGCUCGAGAUCUGCUCAAGUCAGCCAAGAAGUGCCGAUUUUGCGAAUUGCUCAAACUGGCCAUCGUUCUGGACUCGAAUCGAAGGCGCGGUUAUCCAUAUGAUAAGACGAAAACGCCGCUGGGAGAAAUUUUGAUGCAAUACAACCGUGGAUCGGGCGGGCCUGAUGUUACUAACAUUAUUGAAGGAUUGCAGGCUAGUGAAGAUGCAAUUUACUUGAUGGUAGAACCGUAUCCGAUGGGCGGUUACAUCAAAAGUGGUUUUUCUAAGUCUGUUCUUGGAAAUAUCCGUGUUAUCUGGCAAAAACCAAAAAGAAUGUUGACAGGAGAGGCUCAAGCUGUUGUCUUUACUCGUUUAAUAAGUCUUUUCGCGAUUUACUUUGGUCGCGCCGACGUUGACAGAAUCCUAGAUUCGGCGUUACAGCCAUUCAUUUCUACACGACAGCCACUACACAACUCUGGAUCUCCGGACGCGAUGGCUCUGAUCGGAGAAUGGUUCAGUGGGUGCCGCUCCCGCCACGGUGAAUGUUGCAGACGAACAGUAUCACGCCAAGUUAUUCCGGAAGACGAGCUUCAUGUCAUGCCAAGUCGAGUGAUUGACGUAGGACUUGACAGCCCCAACCAAGAUCCUCAUCUAGUUGAAAAUGAAGGACAGACAGUAGGACAAUGGGUCGCACUUAGUCAUUGCUGGGGGAAAGAAAAGAACCAUCCGUUAAAGACCACUCGACGGACUUUGGCCCGGCAUCUCAAGGGUAUUCCUCUGUCGUCGAUGCCCAGGACGUUUGCAGAUGCCGUCGCGGUUUGCAGAUCGCUAGGGCUACGCUUUCUUUGGAUCGAUUCUCUCUGCAUCGUGCAAGAUGAUGAGGAUGAAUGGGAGAAGGAAUCGCAGAUGAUGGGAACAGUGUACGAGCAUGCAGUACUUACGCUCGCCGCUUCAGAUGCUAUUGAUUCGACACGCGGUUUAUUUCUUGAGCGGCCAUAUGCUCAUAUAAAGUUUCCAUCAGUGCAGCUUCCGCUUCUUACAGCAGAGUCAGACAGCAGGCGCCAAACGACGCUCGGCAGCUACUCGGUCGGGAUCGAUUGGCGACAGGAGCCAUUCAUGACUUAUUUGCAUCCUCACUGGACCCCGUUGGCAACAAGAGGAUGGUGUACGCAAGAACUGAUUCUGUCACGUCGCGUUGUGCAUUUUCUAACAGAGGGUAUGCUGUGGGUAUGCAGAGAUAAAGCAGAAGAUGAAAACGGGCAGAUGAUUCACGGCCGGCUAACUGAGCGUGAUUGGAGCACCGAAUGGGGUAAAAUCAUUUUGGAACACUCUCAGCGGGCAUUUACCUUUGAGAAAGAUCGUCUGCGAUCGCUGGACGGCUUGGCGAAGGAGCUUAGUAAAGUCAAGAACAAUAGUUGCAAUGUCGGCGAGUAUUUCUACGGAACCUGGCUGGCUGACAUCCCGGAGUACAUCCUUUGGGCGUCUUAUCGAACUGGGAAGAAGAAUCCACGUUGUCCAUCGUGGUCAUGGGCAUCCUGUGCCGGUCCUGUCUGGCUUCGAUUCCGAGAUUUUGACAACCUUAGGCAGGAUGAUUUCUCCCAAUGUUGCAAAGUGCUCGGAGUAAGUAGCACGAGUGGCGCCUUGACCAUAGAAGGGAAGGUGGCAGAUAUCAGCCAUCUCAUCUUGCAUCUGAUGCGACGAAACGGCACCAAGGACCUUAUGGGACAGAAUGGAAAUGCCACAUACCGACAACCCGUUAUACAAGGUUACGCUGUAGGUUCUAAAGGUGAGGAGCCAUAUGGCUGGGUCGAGUUUGAUGACGACCGGGAUGCACUCGCCAUGUCAGAACCAAUAUAUUUCGUUCAUUUAGCUAAUGGCGAAUACUACACACCGCCUCUCAUACAACACUGGGGACUCAUUCUGGAGAAGGAGAAUGGAUAUGAUAACAGAUAUAGCCGCGUUGGAAUGUGUUCGUUAUGGGACUCAAAGCUGUUUGCGGACUUGAGAGCCUCAAGAGUUGAAAUCAUUUAA